AUGCUGCCCGCCCGCUCCCCGCUCGCCGCCCGCCACGACCAGCCCCGCCUGGCCCCCGCCAAGCGCUUGUCGCCGGGGAAGAGCCUGUCGCCCAUGAAGGCCCUGGCGCUGAGCGAGAAGGAGAACACGCCCCCUGUGCUCAGCAGUGCCCGCGUCCUGGCCAGCAAGGCUGCCCGCAAGAUCUUCCAGGAGAGCGACGAGAAGCCGGUGCCGCGGGGUGAGGAAGAGGAGGAGCCGCUGCUGCGGGACAACCCCCGGCGCUUCGUCGUCUUCCCCAUCCAGUACCACGACAUCUGGCAGAUGUACAAGAAGGCUGAGGCCUCCUUCUGGACGGCAGAGGAGGUGGACCUUUCCAAAGACAUCCAGCACUGGGAGGCCCUGAAGCCUGAGGAGAAGUAUUUCAUCUCCCAUGUCCUGGCCUUCUUUGCUGCCAGUGAUGGCAUCGUCAAUGAGAACCUGGUGGAGAGGUUCAGCCAGGAGGUGCAGGUGACUGAGGCUCGCUGCUUCUACGGCUUCCAAAUCGCCAUGGAGAACAUCCACUCAGAGAUGUACAGCCUGCUGAUCGACACCUACAUCAAAGACCCCUCUGAGAGGGAGUUUCUGUUCAACGCCAUUGAGACGCUGCCCUGUGUGAAGAAGAAGGCUGACUGGGCCCUGUGCUGGAUUGGGGACAGGAGAGCCACCUAUGGAGAACGUGUGGUGGCCUUUGCAGCAGUGGAAGGAAUCUUCUUCUCUGGCUCUUUUGCAUCCAUAUUUUGGCUGAAGAAGAGAGGGCUGAUGCCUGGCCUCACCUUUUCCAAUGAGCUCAUCAGCAGAGACGAGGGCCUGCACUGUGACUUUGCCUGCCUGAUGUUCAAGCACUUGCUCCACAAGCCCUCGGAGGAGAGGGUGAAGGAGAUCAUCACAAAUGCUGUCCUCAUCGAGCAGGAGUUCCUGACCGAGGCCCUGCCUGUGAAGCUGAUCGGCAUGAACUGCAGCCUGAUGAAGCAGUACAUCGAGUUCGUGGCUGACAGGCUGAUGCUGGAGCUGGGCUUCAGCAAGAUCUACAGAGCAGAGAACCCCUUUGACUUCAUGGAGAACAUCUCCCUGGAGGGCAAGACCAACUUCUUUGAGAAGAGAGUGGGGGAGUACCAGCGGAUGGGAGUCAUGGCAAAGCCCACAGACAACUCCUUCACCCUGGAUGCAGACUUCUAA